AUGGCGACGUUCUCGCUGAACCUACAUCGACGACUCGAGGCCGGAUUCGUGGCCAGCGGCAAGUUCGACGGCUCGCACGCCUGCUUAACCGCGGCCACCUCCUCCGGUAACGUCCUCGUGCACAGUCCGCACCGGGAGGCUGGAGUCUCUAAUCACCAGGAGCCGAGCUCCGAGGCCAGGCUCACCUGGAGUGGCGAGCUCGCGGAGCUACAGAUCGGCAAGGAGGUCACGGCACUCCAUACAGGUCGAUUAGGAGAAGAUGGAAGAGAUGUAUUUUUCGUUGGAACGUCAACUCAUAUUCUUGCCUAUCAAAUUGAAGAUAAUGCGGAUUUAUUUUAUAAGGAACUACCUGACGGUGCCUACUGUAUCACCGUGGGAAAACUCGGCUGGCUGCCGAAUCACGUCGUCGUCGUCGGUGGCAAUUGCUCCAUCACCGUACUGGAUAUCCAGGCAGACGAGGUCUUCUGGACAGUGGCACGGGAAAAGGUCACCGCUCUGGCAGUUUUUGACUUCGACGGCGACGGCGAUAACGAACUUUUGUCAGGGACGACAGAUUUUGGAAUCAGAGCGCAAAAAGAAGACGCAAUUUUGUGGGAUACUGUGGAGAAUGCACCUGUCAUCGCGUUACAUGCACUUUCCGAGAGAGAAUUCGCCUACGCGGCUUGCUUGGAGGGAAAUGGAACGGUCGGCGUCUACAACUCUGGGAACAUACUUUGGCGCAUUAAAUCGAAGCACAAAGUAAUUACGAUAAGAGCUUUCGAUCUAAAUGGCGACGGAGCUGUAGAACUUUUAACGGGAUGGAGUAGUGGGAAGGUAGAUGCACGCUUAUGCUCCAAUGGCCAGGUCAUCUUCAAGGUACAAAUGGGCGCACCAAUUGCCGGGCUUGUCGAGGCGGAUUACCGAAGAGCCGGGAAGCCGGACCUGGUGAUAGUUACUGUCGCUGGUGAAGUCCGUGGGUACGCGGUGGGCUCGGCGAUGGAGACACCGGAGCUCGGGGACGAGCACCGCGAGCUCAUGGCCAAGAAACAAGCCCUGCAGAUGGAAUUGCGCCAACGAACUGUCGCCGAGUCGAAUUAUUAUCUCGGCUCGAAGCUGGCAGUGAGCAUCGCCUCGGCUCGCGGCGCUGUGCGACUCGGGCUGGCGUCUGGACCGGGAUUGCUCAUCUACUACUCCAUGGUCUUUGCCGAGGGUAUUUUCGAAGGCGAGAGUUUGGUGAUUCAUCCAUCGAAACCCCAGGGUGAGCUGGAAAUUGCAUUGCGUUUUCCAAAAAAUGGACCCGUCGACAUACACGUUAAAACGUGCGUCGGAGCCUCGGGGUCGGAUCUGAUGAUGGUGCUCGAGCUCACCCAUCAACUUCCCCAGCUCUGCAUGUACGAGUCCAUUCCCCGGCCUCAGCAGCUCCCGGAUGGUCUCGAAGAUCGCGGUGUCGUUAUGCAGGUGCCGGAGCGAGCACAGCGCGUCGCCCUCUGGCUCAACCAAAGCCUCAUCCUCUCGGCGGAGAUCGAGGUGGCGGAGGUCGGGCCGAAGGCAGGCCACCUCGAGGUUUGGCUGCGCGGACUUCGCGAUCAGCGGAUUCACUGCAUCGAGCUCGACGCCACGAGCAAACUCAAGAUACGCACCGAGGAUCCAGUCUUCGCCGGUGACGUCGUGCAGGCCCUCGCGAUUUACCUCGGGCUGCGCGAGCUCAGUUCCGAGGCCAACUUCCCCGAGGAAGAGAGACGCAUGCUCGACGCCCUCCAGAGAUUCAAAGGAUACAAGGAAGUAGACGCACGACUUCAAGCGGAAACGGCGGGUAGUUCGAGCCACGUGAAGAACUUGAUAGUGCGCCUGGAGGACGCGAGGAUCCUCGAGGAUAUCGAGGGCAUGAGGAUGCGACUGAACCAGCUUAAGAUCAUUAACGGUGAUCUUAUCAGAGAUCACGAGAUUAGAUCGAAGAGCUACGGCGAAUUUGUCGGCGCACUCAAGGAGCUGAAUGUGGGAAUACAGAAUGCCUCACGCUUCAGAGUCGGUAAAGCAGCAACAAGCACUGUCCAACGUUGUAGAGAGGCUAUCAAGGAAGAAAACGAAGACGAACUUAUUUCAGCAAUAAGACAUAAUUAAAAAAUCGAGUAUCUCGAGCAAUUUUUUAUUUAAAC